AAGCAGCACCUCCCGUUUCCCCACCGGAGCGCACCAGUUCACUGUAGCAUCAGCACUGGAGAUGCACGCCGCCUGAAAGCUCAGCUGACACUCUGCGAACAGGGGCGUCUUCCACAAGUAGACUCACACUGGAGAAAACUAAGACGAUAAUGGUCAACAACUCUUCCUUUGCCACUUGAAUUUCCCGCAUUGUGUUUGUAUCUGGAUUAAGUUUCCACGUCAUUUCGAGGGACGCGGUCGGUGUGGGGAAACAUGAGGAUAACUGUCUGCUCCCGUGGAUGAUGAUGCUCCACAAUGAACGCAGAUUUUCCAAAUCCAAUGCAAGUCCCUCGACCACAGGUUCGCAGUCAUUUGACCAUCAAAGUGCAGUCCAAACUGAUGUCCAGGCCGUGUCCCCCUGUCUGUGGUCCAAAACCUCAAGUUGUCCCAAAGCCUCUCUAUGAGCCUCACACACAAGAGGAGCUCUGCCCCCCACAGAGCCUGAGUAACGGAGACCUGGCUCACUGUGAUGGGGAGACAGAAGAUUUGCAGGAAAUGGCUGAGGAGAAUCAGGACAAAGAGGAGAAAAGUGAGGCAGAGGACUGGGUUAAUGACAGUGGCACCGGACAUAAUGAUGAAGAGGAUAUAGCAGAAAGAGAAAUUCAGGAAGAAACAGAAAAAGAAGACAUAUUUGACAAUGAUGGCGAUAGCAUUGGCUCUCAGGACACAGUCAAAGCAGAUGAUGGUUCUCCUGAUGACACUACUGAGGAUGAAAACACUGACAAUAACUUGAACCAGCCUGAAGAUGGCAAUCACACUGAUGAUGAGAAUACAUCAACCCCUUCACUUCCUCCUGCUGAAAUGGAGGAUGAAACAGGAGAGGAGGCAGAAGAGGAGGAGCAGAGUUAUAGUGAAAACAUUGAAAUUGUUUGUGACUCUACAGGACACUCAGACAGACACUUAGAGGAACAAAAUCUUGAUCACAUCAGCCAGGGUGAUAAGGACAAUGACACUGGAAGUAAUGCAGUGGACAGUGAACAAACUGAGGACUGUGUGCACACAGAUGAGACUGAGCUGGAAGUUGGAGGAUUUGCAUUUAGAUUCAGCGUGCUUCCAACUGUAACUGAAGAGUAUCCCUACGAUGUGAUUGGCCCCACAGAUGAUGCUAGUGAUACAUGUGAGUCAUGUGACACAGCUGAAACAGGGGAAACAGGGGUAUGGCAACCAGAACGGGCCACCAAGGACCCCUCCGGCUGUUUUCGAUUCACAUCCAGCACUGAGGAUGUGUUUGGGCCUUAUGCAGUCAUUGAAGCUGUUCUGCCAGAUAUGACCAACACCGCUGACCCAGAGUGGAGUCAGGAUGAUCCGGAUGAGAAACCUUCAAAUGAACUGCAAUCAGUAGGUGCUUCUAACCAGGACCCUUACUAUGUGUCAUCAGAUGACGUGGACAAGCUAGAGGAUAAGCAAGCCCUGUCAGAACAGGGUGUGAUUGAAGAGGGCACAGAGGAGUCAAAUCACAAAGACAAAGCAAAAGACAGUGAGUCAACAGAUGAGUAUGCAGACAUUGAUGAUUCCCUAUGCCUUCAAGCAGAGGAUGAGCGGUUGGAGUGUGUCUCAUCGGAAGAUUACGUUGAGAUAGGCGAUGAUGAUGAAGAGGAAGAAACGGAAAAGAAACAUAUCAAAGGAAAAACUGCAAAAGAAAGAACUGCUAAACGAGAGCAGGCUUUCCUCAGCCAGCGAACAAGCUGCCAGCCUCGCCUCAGGUUGUGCAACAUCACAGUGCCAGCAGACCUAGAAGUAGGCCGCACCCCUGAGCUUACCAACAGGGUGGUGUUUGCCCACACCACUGAGGCCUUUGAAGAAGACAUUGAGGAACUAGACUGCCAUAUUGUGCCUUACUAUGAGGACACAGACUCGGACAGUGAAGAGCAUAUAUACGAAGAGGCAGGGUUUGACUCAGAAGGGGAGAACUUUGUGACACUUGAUCGUAAGACUAUUGUCACACGAUCACGCUCUUAUUCCGGGAAAGUUCCGGGUUAUGUCCCAGAAACUGUCCCAGAGGAGACAGGGACAGAGUACCAGACUCAUGACUACUGCACAGUGGCCUUAGAUAAAAACAAUGAACCACUAAGCCAUUUACAGCAGCCCGGGGUUAACUGUUUAAUCCCAUCUAUGAAGUCUCGCCGCUUCUUGUUUUAUUCCCGGUCUGCAGAGGGUCCAGAAUUGACAUUGACCACUCCCACAGAGAUCAACAACUCUCUGAAGGAUGACAUCCGGAUGAAGAGGAAAGAUGAUACCCUUUCACUCCCAUGUGUCAUAAGCUCUUCUGGAAGCUUCUCCCAGCGUAGCCAUCAAUCAUCCAGUGGGGUUUCCACACCAACCUCUCUGGUGGACAUUCCACCACCCUUUGAUCUGGCAUACAUCACUAAAAGACCAGUCACAAAGAGUUCCCCAUCCCUCCUGAUCCAGCAUGAACCCAAUGAAAUACCUAAAAAGAAGUCCUCCUUCAAGCGCUUCCUGGCUCUCAAGUUCAAGAGGAAGACAGAUUCGAAGGGUUUCAGUGAUGGAAGUGUCCGCUCUUCACGUUCUUCCUCGGAGUCCAGCCAUCACGGCCCAGCAAGAUUCAUAGAGCUUGAUCGUCGAAGCACUGGCAGCUCUCCUCAGCCUCAGUCCCAUAUUGUGAACCCCCAGCAGCGUCCUUUAGACCUGCCAUCCCCCUUUUUCCUCUACAAAGACCACCAGAGGAGAAAAGGUGACCUCAAAGCUUAUGGCAGGGGCGUCUCCAGAGUGGAGUCCUUUGAGGAGCGUUCUCGGCGCUCUGCCAUGCCACUGCCUUUGACCAAACCCCGCUCCAUCUCCUUCCCCAGUGCGGACACCUCAGACUAUGAAAACAUCCCAGCCAUGAGCUCAGACUAUGAGAACAUCCAGAUCCCAGGAAGACCCACCAGAUCCCACACUGUGACUGAGUUUUUUGAGGACCCAAAUCGCACUACAGUUGCCUGCAAUGAGAAUGAUGGCUAUGUGGAUAUGAAUAGUUUCCCUGGGAUUGACAGCAUAACCCAGACAUCGAAUGCAGACUCUGAAAGUGCCUACACAGAGCCUUUCCCAAUGAACCCCGUCUCUGCUAGGCUGUCAGCGGACGAGGACCACGGGCGUACUUCAGAGGAGGAAGAGGGGGUGGCUGAGCAGAAUUAUGAUCGACAGAUUGAUGGCCGAUCCCGAGCUUUCUACGUUGCCAAAGAGCUCGUCGACUCCGAGAGACUACACGUCAGUGCACUCAAGUACCUUCAAGAGGACUUUAGGUCAGCAGUGACAGAGGCAGUGGGUGAGGAAGGGGAGCCAGUGCUGGAUGUGCAGAGGUUAGAAGAAAUAUUGGGCGUGCUCCCCCAGGUCUACGCUCUCCACAGCAGCAUCCUCAUUGAGCUGGAGGAACGCAUAAGUCAGUGGGAGGAGAGCCAAAGGAUAGUAGAUGUGAUUCUGUCACGUCGGGAGGACUUUGGGGUGUUUGAAACCUUUAUCUCAGAGUAUGAUCGCAGCAUGUCCCUACUGGAGGGGAGUUGCAGUGACAACCAGGCCUUCGCCAAUAUUGUCAAGACAUUUGAGAGAAGAAGCCCAGAAGAAGCUGAAGUCCCACUGAAACACCAGCUGCUGCAGGUUAUAGCGAGAGUCCUUCAAUAUCGAAUGCUACUCACAGAUUACCUGAACAACCUCUCUCCUGAUUCUAAAGAAUACGAGGACACACAAGCUGCUUUGGUGAUGGUGUCCAACGUGGCAGACCAGGCCAAUGACAAUCUAAAACAGGGGGAGAACUUGCUGCGUCUGGUCCACAUAGAGUACAGUGUGAAGGGCAAGAAGGACCUCUUGAAGCCCGGAAGGAUGUUUGUCAAAGAGGGCACACUCAUGAAGGUCUCGAGGAAAAGCAGGCAGCCCCGACACCUGUUUCUGAUGAAUGACAUAAUGCUGUACACCUACCCUCAGCAGGAUGGAAAAUACAGGCUUAAGAACACACUUUCUCUCUCUGGGAUGAAGGUGAACAAACCUGUCUUAGACAACGUGUUGAACUGCCUUAGGAUUGAGGUGUCUGACAUCACUAUUACACUCUCAGCCAGUUCAGUUGGAGAGAGGGAGGACUGGUUCCACACAUUGAGUCGAGCCAUAGCAGACCAUGCUGCAGGACUCUGUACGUUUGGUGGUCCCUGCAGUGAGGCCCGUGAGAAAUUGUGGAUGGCCCUGGGUGAGGCUGCUCCUGUACUGGUGCCAGUUUCUCAUGUGAUGAUGUGCAUGAAUUGUACCUCUGACUUUAGCCUCACACUGAGACGACACCACUGCAACGCCUGUGGCAAGGUGGUGUGUCGUGCUUGUUCCAGGAACAGAUACCCACUGAAGUACCUCAAAGACAGGGUUGCCAAAGUGUGUGACCACUGCUAUGCCGAGCUCAGGAAAAAAGGUGCCAGCGUGUCGGGGGCAUGCGGUAACUCCAGCCCUCGGACUCACCGGGCCAGCCGUCCCCUCUCUGCUGUCUUCCAGAGCCUGCAGCCCCCGAGUUUGUGGAAGAGCAGGAAGAGCACCUCUCCACUCAACCAGGUGUCACUUACUGUGGAGGGCUCCACCAUGAGCGGCAGCCUGCAGCGCCGGAAGAAGAGCAAGAGGAAGUGGAAGCGACUAUGGUUCCUCCUCAAAGACAAGGUGCUCUACACCUUCACAGCCUGUGAGGAUAAAGUUGCUUCAGAGAGUCUACCUCUGCAGGGCUUCACCGUCAAGCUGACAGAGAGGCCAGAGGGGGAUGAAAGCAGCGACGUGUUCCAUCUAUACCACAAGAAAACCCUUUACUACACAUUCAGGGCUGAUGAUCCAAACACUGCUCGCAGAUGGGUCAAUGCCAUGGAGGAGGCUACUGUUUUAUAGCACCUGCUCAGUUAAAUGAACAGGCCCUGCUGUCUGUGACUGCUAGAACUCCUCCGUGGAGAACAACAAAGCUACCUGCUGCUUCUGAACUCAGACCAUCAGUAAGAAUUCAUCACAUCUGACCUGUUGUUGUGGAAUAUUGUGUGAAAAUGUAGUCCCCAGGGGGAUCUUAGACACGCCUGCCACCCAAUGGUAGGAAGGUAAAAGUGGGGGAUAUAGUGGGACACUAUAUGGAAGGGAGCAGUGGAAACCUCUUGUUGGAGUAUAUUCUAACAUAUGAAGACACUAUGGUUUCCAAUGCGCUGAUCCAGCCGAGUUCACAGAAGCCAUCACCUUUUAGGUGCAGCUUGGAUACAUCAAAUGCUUCAUCCAAAAGAACAUUUUAGUCCCUCUGUUUCACGUUUUUACAAGGACCCUCCCACAUACAAAACAAGUUCUCCAAGUCAACUCUUUUUUUCUGUCUUACCUGAGGUUCCACAGGAUUCCACUCUUUUUGUUCUGGAGGAGAACGUCACAUCCUU